AAGAUGGAAAGGAUUACAGAAACGGGAUGCCAGACAUAAGUUCUCUCGGAUGAUUUCACUGCGCACCAAUAAAGGAGAUGCUGUAUAUGACGAACAUUUAGCUGUGCGCAAGUGGCGUAGUGAUGAAACGAAAUGAGAUCCACGUUGUAGCAGCAUGGUGUGGAGCCACUAGGAACGCCAGAAAAGCGCCUACAUGAGGUGGGUUGUGGGCACAAAAUCAAUGCUACUCACCACCCAUUAGCUUUACGGUAUAGACGUAUCCACAAAACACACCCAUCGUUUGCUACUGACUGUCUGUUUCUCUCUAGACUAGCACAACAUGUCAGUGGAACUUUCGGAUGUGGCAAGAAACGCAGAUUUCAUCUUGGAAGAGCACUUGACGCAGUCGCGCAUAAUGCUAGGACACAAAUCGUCAGUGUUAGCAGCCGCGUUCUUCAAAGAUGGUCGAAGGGUCGUCACCAGUUCAUCGGACAAAACCCUGCGAAUUUGGGAUGUGCAAAAAGGAGCAUUGGUAGGAGCGCCAUUCGAGGGACACAAGGGCUGGGUGCGAGCAGUGGCUAUAUCCCCAGAUGAUAGGAUAAUUGCGAGCGGCGGAGAGGACAAAACUAUUAUCCUAUGGAAUGUGGAGAACAAGCAGAAGACUUUGGAUCCGCUGGUGAAGCAUGCGCGCGAUGUGAACUCGUUGUGCUUCUCUCCCGAUGGCAAAAAACUGGCAAGCGGGUCAUCUGAUUGCACGGUUGUUGUAUGGGAUGCAGAGACUGGCGCUGUCCUCGCGACACUUUGUCAUAAUAGUGUGGUGUUGACUGUGGUAUUCAGUCCCGAUGGGUUGAAAUUGGCCUCGGGAUCAAAAGACAAUACCAUCCGCGUUUGGCGCACUAAUGACACCGAGGUUCUUCUCGAGUUCAAUGCUCACCAAGAUCGGGUUCGAAGCGUUGUGUGGUCGCAUGACGGCCAGCAACUUGUCUCGGCAUCAUACGACCAAACAGUCAAGUUUUGGAACUCGUCAAACGCAGACCAGAUUGGUCAACCUUGCGCUGGUCACACUGCCUGGAUCUACUCGCUCGCCAUCUCCUUUGACAACUCCUUCAUUGCCACUGCCUCUUGUGACAACACGGUGCGGCUGUGGAGCACAAAAACACACGAACAGAUAGGGCAGGCACUUGAACACACCACCUGGAUCGGCUGUGUUAUAAUUUCUCCCAAUGGAGAACUACUCAUGAGUGGAGAUGGAGAUGGGAAGGUUUGGCUCUGGUCUAUCAAGAACAUACUCGAAGAUUAUAAUGCGGAGGAUAGACUAAAGGAAGAGCAACAGCGACUCCUCACCGAUGCUGCUGCCAAUGUUCUGUCGACACCUUUCAUAACGGACAUCGAUCAAAAUGACAUCCAAGCUCAGCCACGCAAUGAGGACUCUGACAAUUGCGACAUUAAAAGCCAUUAUUCUUCGGAAACUCAUGCAGCCUCUAGUAUCCUCUCGUUUUCUUCAUCAUUCGACAGCCUCCCUAUAAACCCGAUGGUCCGGAAUGCAUGCAUCACUGGGGACUUGCAUACUGCUGAAGAGAUUUUGACCCAGAAGAUCGACACCGAUGGCGACAACUGUGAUUCUUAUGCCAGUCGCUCGGUUGUAAUGGCGCGGAAUUCUGAUUGGGACCAGGCACUUCGAGAUGCAGUCAACUCAAUCGAUAUCCAACCCUCAUUAAUGGGCUGCAUCUCUAAGGGCAUUGCCCUUUGCGGCAAGGGGCAAGUUUGGAAUGCCAUGGAAGCUUUUGAUCUCGCUUUCACAUUUGCUAUUCAUGAUUCGAUGACCAUUAAUCUUUUACUGUUGAUCAAGGCUAUUGCGCUUUUCAAUGCAGGUCAUCGCGAAGAGGCAAUCCGGCGAGUUCAAGACCUAGCCAUUGCUCGUCAGCACUUAGAUACACUUUCGUGCAAUGUCGUAAACUCAUAUCUACAUGUGCAACUUGCAACCAUUGCUUUUGAGAAUGGGCGGUACCUCGAAGCUGCCGAACAAUUCACGGAGGUCCUCGUUACGAAUAUGAAUAUGACUGGCUCAUCUUUACGCACGGCACUGUACGAACCUAGAUUAAAGAUAUUCACCGUGCUCUUCGGUUGGGACUUGGAUUCAUUAUGGCAAACCAUCCACCAACGACAGUGUGACGCGUUCCUCCGCGCGGAUCAAGUGAUCGAAGCGAUCGAAGCGUAUCAGUACAUGAUGCACAUGAUUGACGAGGCUGAGAAGACCAGCUGUCUCGGAUGGUCUACCGCCUUCAAGCAAGACUGCAUUGCACGCUGUGUGGCCAAGGGAAAAGAAGCUGUUGUUGCGAACGAUCAAGCAAGAGCUUUCAAGCUUUAUUCGGCAGGGAUAGGGCUAGAUCCCUCAUACGACCUCCUUUUUGUACACCGCAGUAAUGAAAAUUUGAGACGUAACUCAUAUGCAGAAGCCCUCUCCGAUGUAGAACAGGUGAUCAAACUCAACCCUUCGUCUCAUAUUGGGUACCAACUAAAGCACGAAGCGCUUUAUGGGGUACAUCGCUAUGAUGAAGCAGUUGUGACCUUCAAUAUCAUGCUCUCCAAGUUGGAAGACGCUCCCGACACGCAGAUACGACAACUACGUCGGAAAUAUCAUUAUGUCACUCCUUGUGAAGUAGAACGUGCUAUUCGAGGAGCGAUUCAUGCUCACCUGGACACUGCUCCACUUCGUUUACUCAACACCUCUACUGGGCGUUUGUGCGAUCGACAGGCACAGAUAACGGCCUUCAUGGAAAGCACAGAGUACGAGAAACUUACGUCUUCGUUGAUGACACACGGACACCUUCAAUUGGAGUGCAUCAAAGAAGUAGUGGUGAUGUACUUCCGUUGGGUAAUGUUAUCGCAUACGUGGGAAACGAAGGAGCCGCUAUUACUCGACAUCCAAAACAAGGUCGUGUACGAUUUGGAUCCAGUCGGAGCUAUGGUGAAGCUACAGACGUUCUGUAAAAUUUCCCGUAAUGCAGGGUAUCACUGGGCAUGGAGUGAUACAUGUUGCAUCGACCAACAUAACAAUGCUGAACUCCAGCGCUCGAUCAACUCCAUGUUUAUCUGGUAUCGCCAUUCAUCUCUUACGAUCAUCUACCUAUCCGACGUUGCGCCAUCGUCGAAGUCCGGCGCACUGGCAAAGAGCGCUUGGAACACGCGAGGAUGGACUCUCCAAGAGUUCCUGGCUCCCAAAGUCAUUCUCUUCUACCAAGCAGAUUGGACCCCAUAUCUCAAUGACCGUUCUCACAACCACAAGGAGUCUGUUCCUAUCAUGCAUGAGUUGGAGGAUUCAACAACCAUAAACGCCCAGGCCCUCGUGGCUUUCCGUCCAGGGAUGAGAGGUGUCCGAGAGAAACUUCAAUGGGCGUCGACACGUGUCACGACAUUACAGGAAGAUAUCGCAUACUCAUUGUUUGGCAUCUUUGGCGUUCACCUACCUGUAAUCUAUGGCGAGAAGAAGCAUCACGCUCUCGGGCGACUGUUACAGGCCAUCGUGGCUCAGUCGGGUGACAUCAGUGCCCUGGACUGGGUCGGAAAAUCGUCGGAGUUCAAUAGCUGUUUGCCAGGCGAUAUUGCCUCGUACGAAGCGCCGCCAUGCAUACUACCAUCGCUAUCAGAAGAUGAGAUGCAGGUGUCGGUCUCCAACCUCCGCAGUGCCGCGGUUGUGGAGCUGGCUGUGGCAUUGUACGCCCAGCUUGACAACCUGUGCGCUCCUCGUUUCGCGAACCGCAGACUGCUCCUUCCUUGCAUCACCUUUCUUGUCACAGGAGUCAGGAGGCACGGUCUACACCGGGAGACAUAUUUCACAUAUGACAUCAAAGCAGACGGACUCCAAGACUUGUCAAUCACCACCGAAGACAAGCUGACUCAGUUCUCGCAGGCAAGACCUUCGCGGCAGACAUUCUUGCUCGUCCGACCCUGGAACCAUCAUGACCUCGGGCUGUCUGAUUUCUCGGACGAUAUGCAGACCGUGCCCGGGUCCCCACUAGAUGAUUUAUGUUGGGGCUACCCUAAAGAAGUUGGUCUAGUUGAUUUGGAGUCUCAGUCGCGAGCGUUGAGGUUGAUGGUUCGCCUCGGACAGCCUUUUGGCGCACUUUUAUUAGCGCAGCAGCGUGGCGGGGAAUACAAGAGAAUCGCAUCAGAUCAUGACAUUGUCGCACGUGUCAAGGACGUGACUGCUGUCCGCGACAUGUCGAACGUCAGAACGGUAGAGAUAUUAUAGUCUCAUGUAUUUCGAAGGACGAGGGAUUUUGACGCAUAUCUUUGACUGUACUUUCAUGGAAUUUCCAGUACUCCAACUCGGCCUUUGAAUUGAUAUGGUACAUUGAUGAUUACAACAGACAGACGAUCCACCAUCCCAGCGCCCAACUGCGUCUACCGCCACCUCCCUUCAGCACCUCACUAACUUCAUGUUGCCUCCUACCAAUGUGAUAUAAGUUUCGGAACUUCACCCUCCCUCAGGCCUGAGGCUCUGAUCGGUAC